AUGCGAUGGCAAAUCACACGGUCCGAGUUCUUAGCUGAGAGAUUGAAUUGGAGAUCAUUGAACUCGGACCCUCCGUUUUGUGGAACGGAUGGCAACAACAAUAUCGUCCCAAUUGCGUUUGCUAUUGUGGAGGGAGAGACUUCUGAUACAUGGUAUUUUUUCCGUAGUAACCUCCGUCAACAUGUUGUUACUCGGGAUGGUGUGGGUCUAAUAUCUGACAGGCACGAGUCCAUCAAUGCAGCUGUGGAACGUAGUAACGGAGCUUUUCAUAUGUUUUGCAUCAGGCAUAUAGAGUCGAAUUUUCUGAGAAAGUUCAAGGCACCAUACCUCCAAAAAUUGGUCGUUAACAUCGGAUAUUCCAGGACAGUGCGGGAGUACGAAGUGCGUUACCAGCGGUUAAGGGACCGAGACGAGGCAUACACAAACUGGUUAAACCAAAUUCCUCGCGAACAGUACGCAUUGGCCUUUGAUGGCGGGUACCGAUGGGGUCACAUGACGACGAAUCUAGUGGAGUGCAUCAACUCAGUUUUGAAGGGUGCACGCAAUCUUCCCAUUACUGUUCUUGCGAAGGCAACAUUCUACAGAAUAAAUGAGUUGUUCACCCGUAAAAGAGCGGAGGCGGAAGUCCGGAUCGAUGCUGGCCAUGUGUUUUCUGAGAUAGUGACCUCAAAGUUACAUACAAACCAACUUGCAUCAGGAAACAUCCAGGUUAGUUGCUUUGACCGCCAGAAUGAGGUCUUUGAGGUUCGUGAGAUGCCAAGUGGACUGGAGUUUGCAGUUGAUCUACGUAGCCUUCGAUGUGACUGUGGUGAGUUCCAGGUGGACCAGAUCCCCCUGUAG